UGCAAAUGUUAGGCGAGCUAUAUUAUUUUAUUGACAUACAAACUUCGAACGAAAGCAUCAAAAACCCAACACGACACGUGUCACUCAGAUAAGCCUCCAUCACCACACCAUCUGUAAUAGGCCCACCGAUGAUUCUGUUUAAAAGGCCCAUACAACACGGACCACAUUUUAAAAAAAUUUCUCUGUAUAUAAAUACAGAUCUCACAAUUUUAUUUUAUAAUUUUGUAGAUAAGAACCAUCACCACCGAACUAAAACACAAUUUUGAAAUUCCCGAAGCCAAUUCAAUGCCUCUUCUCCUCCAUACCUCUUCCUCUUCCUUCAACACGAAGGUUAUCACCGCCGUUAUCGCCGGUGUUUUUACUGUCGCGACGGCGGUGGUUUUCACCGUUCCUUCCAUUUCGCAUUUCGUUGUUUCUUCCUUUCCGAUCAUCAUCUACGAUAACACCGUCUUCCUCUUGAAACCACCGUAUCUUUACUUAGUCAUCAACUGUAUCAUCGUCUCCAUCGUCGCUACUUCUAAGCUCACUCAUCAUAAAUCAUCUUCCUCCGUUGAUGAUUCUGAGAUCUCGGGGCUAGUAGUGACGCCGGUACUUGUACCGGUUCAGUUACCACCUUCUUCUGAUAUCGAUACCGGUUUUUUAAACGUGGUUCAUGAUGCUUCUGAUUAUACCGGAUUCGUUGAGAAAACCGAUCCGCCGGUUGAUCAGACGGUUGAAGAGAGUCUGAAGUUUCCAGGAGUCGUUCCUGAAAUCCAGAAGACGGAGAUGUCGAAACCGAGUAGUGAUUCGCCGGAACCGGAGAAGGUAAAACCAAAAUACGAUUCGCCGGAGAUUUCGAUUUUGAAGCAUAGUACGAGAAAACCGCCGAGAGUCAACCAGCAAAAACCGCUUAAAUCUAGUUCAGAAGGUGGGAGUAAAAAGUCGGCGGCGUUGGGAGUAACAAAGCCACCGAGGAGGCAAGACACGCUGGAGACGACGUGGAAGAAGAUAACGGAAGGACGUUCUACGCCGUUAACAAAGCACUUGACUAAAUCCGACACGUGGCAAGAAAGAGGUCACGUGCCGGAGAACAAGAAGAAGAAGAAGGAGAAGAUGACCAAGUCCGAGAAUUUAAAUGCCACCGCGGAGGAGAAGCUGCUGCUGAAACGCGAGCCGUCGCCGGGGCAGGAGGAGCUGAAUCGGCGCGUGGAAGCGUUUAUUAAGAAGUUUAACGAAGAGAUGAGAUUGCAAAGAUUAGAAUCUUUGGCUAAAUAUAACGAAAUGGUUAAUGGAGGGACUCGUUUGUAAUAUUUUCGUGUUUUUUAGCUUAGUUGUCGUCGGUGAAGGAGAAAAUGACGGCACAGUCGCAAAAGUUGACUUUGACUUCUUUUGGAGAACCACCACACUUUAGAGAGAACAAAUUUCAAAAAUAAUGCAAAAUUGUGUUAUUUAUGAUUGUUUAUGUUUCUGGGCGUUGAAAAUGAUAUGUGAACAGUAGUGACUACUGAAGUGAUCGAAA